AUGUCUCUCAGUUUCAAACUCCUCCUCAUAACCAUUUCCAUUUGCCCCCUCUUUUCCGCCACUGUCGCAGCCCCGAGGAAAAUUCUCCUCGGUGGCUACGUUCCAAUAAACGACACAGCCACCCCGGAGAUUCAAGCCAUCGCAAAAUUCGCGGUCAGUGAGCACAAUAAAGAGGCUAACACAAAAAUAAUGUACAUGAAAAUUGUUAAGGGUGAGAAGCAAGUUGUGGCGGGGUUAAAUUAUCGGCUGAUCAUCGAGGCAAAAGACGGGGAUGAGAUGAUACAGCAUUAUGAAGCCAUUGUGUAUGUCAAGGCAGGAAAAGAUUCGAAGAAAUUGGUCUCAUUUGCGCCGAUUGAGGAGUUGGCCUGA